AACCGAAAAAGAAUUCUCUGGGAUGCGAAACAAGGCCGACGUAAUGCAAAAGCCGAACGAAUCACAAGAUUGUUUACUUUCGAAGAGCAAGCCGAUCGUAAUCGAAUUGCAGCUAUGAUUGGUGAAAUGCCAUCGCCAAAAGGACCAUCAUGGCGUUCGUACAUUGAACAUCGAUUACGUGUAAUGAAUGAUGGCAUUGAAACAUACUCAACCAAACAGUAUGCACGCUUGGGACUGGACAAGCAUAUCGAAUCGGUUCGUGCAAUCGACAAAACGGCAUGCAAAAUGGUUCACAAUCAACCAUCAAUUUUCUACAUGGGAGCCAGCGGAUCAACACCAGCUAAUUCGCCGAUUAAGAUCAAGAAACAUGUGCGAUGUCCAGGCACACGGAAGCUGCUUGCGGCCAUUAUGAAACGUGGCAAUUGCAUCAUUCGAAUGGUCGAUGAGUACAUGACAUCACAACAUUGUCCAUUGUGUUUCAAACGAUUUCCACAAGAAACUCGACGUGAUCGAUACAAGAAAUGUGUGGGUUGUGUACCAAAUCCAAUUGUUGGACUACCACGAACCAUCGUAACCAAUGUGAGCAAACGAUUACUACAAAUGCGACGAACAAUUGAACGAAUGUGGCGCGAGAUGCGUGAUAUAGGCGAUGUCAUUGCUGCAACUCUUCGAGAUGGACCGAAUGCAGGUCGUUUGGUGUCAAAGAAGCAACGCUUCUUCAAAACAUGGCUACCAAAUGUUGCAAACGUUGAAAUCGAGGGAGCUGCCGGAGCACAACCAACGCUCACAACUGUAUGGCACCGUGAUAUCGCAGCAGCGAAGCUGAUCCUCUACAAAGGUGAAUGCGUGGUGUUCAAGCGGACAAUUCAUCCAAAUGUACGGAGACCACGCCGUGUUGACAACAAUCAGCCAUUGCCGUUGUAUCGAGGUCAGAAUCAGAAUGUCAACAAUGGACAUCUGCAGCCGCAGUAGUAGCAGCCCUCAUUCAACAACAUUCAAACAAUACUAAAUUUAGAAAUUAGUUUAUAACAAUUAUUUGUUAGUUCGCUAGGCUUGAUUAAAUUGUGGCCUUGCCAAAGUACGAGUACCUCUUGGUAUAAAUUGUACUCGGUAAGUGGAGUCUAU